AUGGAACCAUUUUCAGUGUUUAUGCCCCUAUCUUCAACACAAGUCGAGCCAGCACGAGUGAUCGACAUGCCAACGUCCGUCUCUUAUCCAGUACCACUGAUCGAUGAAAAUAGCAGGACAUCUGUCGAGUACGAUUUUGACGCGAUAUUCAACCACCCGCAAGUGAUGAUUCGAGAUAGGGAAGCAGUUGAGAAGAAGCUACGAGUCAUGGUUGAAGCUGGCAAAGAAAAACUUAUGGUAAUGCUUCAAAAAGUCAUCGUAGAAAUCGCCCACCUCUAUCUGUCUCAGCGGUCCGUAAGGUUACCACACUUAAUCGAGGCCACUGUUCAUGACAUUCCUGAUUGGGCCAUUCAACAAGGGAUUCCAUUAGGGAGCUCCUGGCAUUUCCUCCGCAGCCUUGUCGGAGCGCCAGACGGAAAUCCUCCCUCGUGGAAUCCUUGA